AUGACGGAGCCAUCACUCAAGCGACAGCGCGCCGAGAGCGACGUGAAUCCACCUGUAACAGCCGAAUCAUCUACGACACCGAACCCGAAUAUACCGGACUACAACCUUUGGAAAGCAUUAAAAAGCCUCGACAAAUCACCAUCGAAUAAUACUUUCAGCCAGCACAUGCUCCACAAAUUAGCUGUCCGCGACCCUUCGAUCGCAGCCCAAAUCCGACAAGAGUACCACCAGCAAAAAGUCGAGAAGGCAGAACGAAAGCAGCGCAAAGACUUUUCGUACUGUGUCAACAUGCUAAAAGGCGUCAUAUUAGACGAGGAAGCAUGCUCAACGCAUCUACCAAGAGAUCCCGGACGGAUUGCAAGAUGCUUCGUCACAAAGAUGCGCGAGAUCAAGACUCAAACACACCUCUAUUCGUCUUUUGAAACAAAGAGGUCAGCACUGGAUACGCUUAGACGACUGGGAUUUACGCUGCUCAAUCACACAAACGAAGAAAUGCAAGAGCUAUUUCCGGGGGCAAUCACCACUGCCGAAUCUGACGAGUACUGUCUCGAAAUAAUUCAGAUCGUCGAAUCCAUGUCUGCGCAGGAACGCAAGGACUUGGCUCUUAUGCCAGUAGACGGUGCGACGGUGGCGACUACAGGACUGGUGGGACGAGGGGGAAAUCGGUACGCGGACACGAUGCUGGAGUUAUACGAGCGUCUUAACGAGACAGAGUUUAUUUCUGCCUACCAUUUGAGUCUCUUCAAUGAUUCAUUGUUUGAAUCUGAUGAGAGUGAUGACGGAAGUGAGGGCGAGGACAGUUCCGAGGAUGAGUAA